AUGGAGCGGGAGCGCGGCGCGUCGGCGGCGCUGUGGGGGCACAUGCACCUCCCACUGCUGGCGCGCGCGGGGUCCAAGGAGUCGGUCGAGUACAUCCUGCAGGCGCUCUGGCGCACGCGCCGCACGGGCCUCGACGCCGCCGACAGCACCGUCGCCCGCGACGCCCUCCAGCUCUCCUCCGACGCCGAGCUCGACCCCGUCAGCACUCAGCACCCCCUGCCCCUCCCCACCCUCUGUAUUCCUUGUUUCCUUCCUGCGCCAUCGCUCGCGUCGCGGACGUUGCAGUGCAGGUUCAGACUGUUCAGUCCCCAACUCUGCUUCUUCGGCAUCUCCCUGCUGCAGCUGCUGGUGUGCCUGAGGAUACUGAUCAGGCGGUGCGUCAACGAGAACGUCGCCAAGGACGACAUCCUCAAGCUCUUCCCCGAGGAGGUGCCCCCCGAGCUGCAGAAGCUGCUCACCUUGCUGCUGCAGAAGUUCCAGACGGAGUGGCAGCAGGAUGCCGCCAAGGAUCAGCUUCAAAACGGUGCCGCACCUGUUGAGGAUUCUGUAGAAUCAUCAGGGCAGAAAGAAGUGAAGAAGUCUCCAUUAGCUAAGGAUUCUUUGGAUAAAAUGCUGAAGGACUUGUUCUCAACCAAGGACCAAAUGGCAACUGACGGCAGUAACACCGGUCACUAUGAGGUAGCCGGAAGCGCUUAG